GGUGUCUUGUGUCACCUGCUGCAGGUUCAGAAUUAUUACUGCUGUUUAUCCUCAUUAAAUUGUUAUAUUUUAGUAAUCGUUAUCAGUUAUUAGUUAUUAUUUAGUAAUUGUUAUUCUCUCAACCAACUAAACCACACGACCAACAGCUCUGUUUGAGCUCGUAACCAAGGCUUAUGACGGUAUCAAAGUUCACUGGCUGGCUCGGAGGCUGGCUCUGCUGCGCUGCGUUGCUCCAAAUAAGAAGCCAUUGUUAACAGCCACACACCAGAGACAGACCCGGACUGUCACGUCUGCUUGGACCUGAGACACUGCGGCAAACAGACGGUUUGUGUGGUUAAAAUGUUGAGGAAAUCUCUUGUGAGCAUCGGGCUGCGAGUGAACCGACAGCAGCAUGAAGGGAUUCAAAGAGUGGCCGCGAGACUGAAUCCGGUGGUUUAUGGAGACAUGCGCCUCCGCCGUGACGCAUCGACCGGCACCACCACCAGCACCGGUACCACCGUGAUGGGAGCCAGCAACAAACUGAAAACUAUGGACGAAUUAGGCGGACCAAGUUUCAUGACAACCUUAUAUUGGCUUUUUGUAAAGGGGUAUUUCCAAACGAUGCAAGAAAUGCAAAUAGAGCACAGCAAGAUCUACGGCCCUCUGUGGAAGUCAAAGUAUGGUCCUCUGGUCAUAGUGAACGUGGCCAGCGCCGAGCUGAUAGAGCAGGUUUUGAGGCAGGAGGGGAGACACCCGGUCCGGACUGACAUGCCCCACUGGAGGGGCUACAGAGAGCUCAGGAACCAGGCCUAUGGACCCCUGACAGAGACAGGAGCAAAGUGGCAGCGAAUCCGCAGCAUCCUGAACCCUCGGAUGCUGAAGCCCAAACACGUCUCUUCCUAUAGUAACACUAUCAACGAGGUGGUGACGGACUUCAUCGAGAGAGUGGCCUGGCUGAGGGACACCAGCGGCCAGGGAAGUGUGGUCAAUGACGUGACUGGAGAACUCUACAAAUUCGCUUUUGAAGGUAUCUGUUCAGUGUUGUUUGAGACGCGUAUGGGCUGUAUGAAUGAGGUGGUGCCAGAGGAAACCCAGAAGUUCAUCUUCUCCGUGGGGGAAAUGUUUCGGCUCUCCCAAAUCAUCGUCCUCUUCCCCAUGUCCACCUGGUCCUACGUGCCUUUCUGGAAACAGUUUGUGGUAGCCUGGGACCAUCUCUUCAAAGUCGCUGAAGAGUUGGUGCAGAAAAAAAUAGAGGAGAUCCAGGGCAAGGUGCACCUGGACCAGAGCGUGGAGGGGGCAUACCUCACUUACCUGCUGCUUAGUGAUCAGAUGACAGUCACUGAGAUUCUGGGCAGCAUCACUGAACUCCUGCUGGCAGGAGUCGACACAACCUCCAACACUAUCUCAUGGUCUCUGUAUCACUUGGCGAAAGAGCCAGAGAUCCAAGAGCAGCUAUACCAAGAAGUGAUAAGCGUUUGUCCUGGAGACAAGAUACCAACCAGCGAGGACAUAGCUCAGAUGCCGUACCUGAAGGCUGUCAUCAAAGAGACGCUACGGCUGUAUCCAGUGGUACCAGGAAACGCUCGCCUCACCGUUGAGAAUGAGAUUGUGGUGGGAGAUUACCUCUUCCCCAAACGGACGCUGUUCCACUUGUGCCACUAUGCUGUGUCCUAUGAUGAGACUAUCUUCCCUGACCCCUACAUCUUCCUGCCCCAGCGAUGGCUCAGAGGAGGGGAGGAGAGGUACAAGCAGCACCCGUUCGGGUCAGUGCCAUUCGGUUUUGGGAUCCGGGCAUGUCUGGGUCGACGGGUGGCUGAACUUGAGAUGUAUCUUCUCCUGUCCAGGUUGAUAAAACACUACGAGGUGAGGCCAGAUCCUGCUGGAACCGCAGUGAAGCCGAUUACCAGGACCCUGCUUUGCCCUGCCAAACCCAUCAAUCUGCAGUUCCUGAACAGAAGAGUCGAGCGGGAGGAGCCGAGAGCAGCGGCGGCAGGAGGAGUUUCUCUGUGAGCUGUUUUAGUAUUCACACGGUGUUGCCUGCCUGUCACUGAGCACUUAUUUACACAGAGUUCACAUCAUGAGAACUGGCUGGAUGGAAUGCACCUGUGCAACUGUGGGAUAAAAUAUCAGCUGGCUGAAGAAACAGGAGGUUGAACACUACAGAAUAAUAUGUAGAAUGUUUAGAUUUUUU